AAAUAGUUUCUGUGGUAGGAGAAUGCAUUUGAAACUACAAAAAAUGUGACAAAUUCCUCUUGUUUUAGGUUGAUACAAAUGUAGCUCGCAUAGUGACAAGGCUAGGAUGGGUCGAACUUCAACCUUUACCAAAUUCUCAAGAGUUCCAUCUGGUGAACACAUAUCCUGUCAUGGCUGACAUUCAAAAGUACCUUGACCCCUUAUUGUGCAAGAUUCCUGCAGAUGGAGUGUAUGAACUACAUUGCCAACAGAUAACAUUUGGAAAGUCAAUAUGCACCAAACGACAACCAAAUUGUGGUGCCUGCCCAUUCACUGGAGAGUGCAAGUACUUUCAAAGUCUUGUUUCAAGAGCUAAGGGUGCACUCCCGGAGUAUAGUCAGCAGCAAGAAAGAGGACAAACAGACAUGGAUGGAAGACCAAGACAUACUCUAAUUAUCAGACCGGGUACUAAACAGAUGCAUCAGUACCAAAUUGAAAUGGGAAAAGGUACAGAAAGGCAUUGCAAUGAGCCCAUUAUCCAGGAACCAGAAACUCCACCAUAUGAAGAUCUAGGAGCACAAAGGCCCAUUAUUCAGGAACCAGAAACUCCACCACAUGAAGAUCUAGGAGCACAAAGUGACGAAGAAUUUGAACAGGAGUAUGAGGAUGGUGAUGAUGAUCAUAUAGAAGAUGAAAUGAUAGAUCUCCGGCCAACGCAACAAACAGAGAAUGGAGCCACAGGGCAAGAACAUGGAAAGGAGAUAAUUUCAAUCCAUUCGAGUGUCCCGUCAACUCCAAUGAUAAAGAGAUACCGUCUACGAACAGAGUACACUGCGUACAAGAUCCGUGAUGGGCAUGAAAUUUUGGACAGGUUUGAGUUUGACCCAAGGGUUCCCGAUGAUCAGAUUCCAUACCUCCUAAUAAUUCGUAGUUUGUUGGAUGAAUAUAAUGUGACUGCCACAAUUUUGAUACCUUGCCGGACGGCAAACGGAGGAGUAUUCCCAUUGGAUGGUACAUACUAUCAAAACAAUGAGGUUUUUGCUGACCAUUCAUCCAGCCGCUCACCUAUAAAAAUAAAAAGGGAAAUUAUUGAUAUAUACAGCCAGUGCACUGUGUAUUUUGGUACCUCAAUACAUUCUGUCACCAAAGAUCAAACGCUACAAGGAAUCCAUCAGUUCUAUCAUAAAGGGUACAUAUGUAAUAGAGAGUUUGACCGCAGUACCAGGCGUUCAAAAGUAUUGUCUGCUCAGAUACAUGCCACCAAUGGAAAAGGAACCGGCAGGAAGAGGUCCAUGACUAGUUAUGUAGUUGAAGCCAGGUAAUGACAAAGAUGGAGUGCAAUCCAGUUAAACAAGCAUAAAACAGUUCGCGAAGUUUUACAAGACCAGAUUAGCAUCACUAUUGAUUGAACCAAAAUAAAAUUACUUUUAUGCGUGGGUCGCACGACUGAACCAUCAUGUGCUACAUGCAUGCGCAAAAUCACCUUGUACUGCACCAACUCCUUUUUCUUCUUGGAAAUAUGAAAUAUUUUCCUUGUCCUC